AGUAAUUGAGUGAAUCGAUGAUGUGUUGAUGGAGCGAAAGGCAGGGCACUUGACAAAGUCUGUGCAAGAGAUUGCUGGAUCUUUGUUCUGGAUAAAGGUAAAAAUUUCCUUUCAACUUUUUGUUCUAUCCUUGUAAUUCUUUAGUCUCAUCAAAUGGUUUGUGUCGUACCUGAGCUAGUCUCCUCGGAAUUUCAAGUGCAACCAAGAUUACUAAUGUCUUAAACGAAUUACGGUCGUUCCGCUGACGACCAGUUCGCUUACCUCUCAUGAGACAUAAGCGAACCGAUCAUAGGUCGUUUCAUUAACGUUUUAUGAUAAAUUUUUAAUUCCUCGAACCCUUACCGAUUUUAGGGUUACUGAAUUAACUGAAAAUAUCUCUUUGUAGCCCUGGUACCCACAUUCAUUACAGGAUCACAUUGUUUACUAAUACAGUCGAAGGUAUCCGCGGGUUUCGCCCAUAACGAGUUUCGCCCAAGAAGCGUUUCGCCCAUAACGAGAAUGGUUUCGCCCAGGCAUAAAUUCGAUUCGUGCGGCGUGCGGAUCUUAACUUCCGUGUACAAAAGAUUUGCAACGAUGAUAUGUUCCACGCGCAAGUGUUUUCAAAAGCGUUUAAUUUAAUUCUCGAGAAGAAAAGUGAUGCAAAAAAAUCAUAGCAAUGCUUUUACGACAAACGGACGUCUCUGCAGUAUUUCGUGCGCGAAUUACCUUAACAAUCCCCGCUCCACAGUGAAAGCUAUAAUUGACUUGUUCGUUUCAACAGUAACUUGUUCGUUUCAAAAUUUCAUGAUCUCAGGUCAUGUCACUUUUCUUCUUUCUGUGCAUACAAACGUUUAUAAGGUUGACGUUUUCCGAGUGAGAGUGUAGAAGUUUUACUUAUGGGCGAAACCAUUCUCGUUCUGGGCGAAACCAUUCUCGUUCUGGGCGAAACGAUAUGUGCGAAACUCGUUAUGGGCGAAACCCGCUAUAACCCAGUCGAACCUGUCUUAACCCUUUACACCCUAGCAUCAGUAUCCAUAUUCUCCAUACUGCUCUUCAUACAUUUCCUAAGAUGCUGAAAAGGAGAAUUUGUUUACCAAUCAAAAGCUUCUUUCAUUGGUGAUCAUUUCCUUUAUUCUCAUGACCAAAACGUGUGAUUCAGGGGUGAUACUGUAGGGAGAAAUUUGAUGCUAGUCACUCUUAAGGUUUAAAGGGUUAAGCAGUCAACCAGGGGGAAUGACCACUUAAUACAGGUUGACCGCGUAAUACAGGUUCCACAGAAUAGGAGUAUUAUAUAUAAAAACCAUAAGAGAUGCCAUGUUUUGCCAUAAUUGACCAUAAGCUUCAAGCUUGGUUAAAAAAUACUGCUUGCUUAGGGUUAGGUAGAUGAAGAGAUAAAGAGAUAAAGGUGGAUUUAAUUUUACUUAAAAGAUUAUUCUUAGUUCUAUUAGAGUGGAUACACUUCAAGUGACCAUACUAUACAGGUGGAAAACAAUACAAACAGGCUGUUGGGACUUAGUAAAGGGUGACCACAACCGCUUUAUAGAGGUGACUGCUCAAUAGAGUGUAAAUUACAGUGAUAAAGGGGAAGCAAUUGGUGGACUUUGAAAAUGUACCACUUAAUGCAGGGUGACUGCUUAAUACAGAGGUGUUUAAAACAGGUUUGACUGUAUACAUUACUGUUUAGGCAGGAGAUUAAUAGAGAAAAAUUUUCUUUACCUCCAACCUGCUUCUGCAUGGUUGUAUCAUUGAAAAUAUAAUUGAUGGCAGAAAGUAGAUUUAAUGCCCCACAUUUUGAUGAGUGUCACAACAACACUACAUCUGGACAAUAGGAACAGUAACAAUUAAAUUCUGUACACAGUCCUAUGUGAAUAUCUUCAAUUCUCACACAUUAGCUCUGAUUUCUUUUAGGUUGUAGGAAUAGGAAAUGAUGGCGUAGGGAAGACCUGCCUUGUCAAGAACUUUUGUGAGAAAAAGGUAUAUCAACAAGUUUCCUUGUUUGCAGAAGAACUGCACUAACUUAAACUUCCAGGGAAGACAAAAUUGGUUCUUAUCCAAGGAAAAUCAUCUUGUUUGAGCUAGUUGGGGGUUUGAGUUGACUGACUUGGGUUAAUGAGGUUCUGCUUUAUAUAAUCACGUUCUGUAAAACCAUUUACAAUAUAUGAUAAACUAUACAUCUUUAUAAUUUUAUUCAGUUUUCAUUUGAUGGAAAAACAUGUGCACAACAGGAAAAACUACAAACUUUGUGUUCAUGAACAGCAGCUUCAAAACUGAUCUCAGUAAGAAUCCUUUCACUUCUGUUUCCUCUCUGUAGUUUUCAAAAAGUUACCACCCAACUGUAGGAGUUGAUUAUGGUGAGUUAAAACUCCUUCUUAACCCAGUCUUUUUGGCUUGUUUAUUUAUUUAUUAAUGAUAUUCAGACAGUGUGGCCCAGUUCAGCUGUAUAAACAAUAACUAGAAUGUCUAGUAAAGGCAGCACAUUCUUCUCAGUUACUUCAAGACCCUGAGUGUUGGUCUGCUGUGGGACUUGAAUUCUUGAUUUGAGCUAGUAUGAGCUAUAUUUCACCAAGCGUGGUUGUAUCAUAAUGAGCAUAUGAUCUUCAUAUUUUUUAUAAUUGUCUAGGCUUCAAGCUGCACAAAAUCAACAACGUUGACUGUAAGUAAACCAACUCUAUUGUGUUUCUGAUAUCUCACAGUGUCAAUUACAUGAAAAUAUAUGUCUCUUGGCCAAGUGGUUUUCUGAGCCACAUUGCCUCUUGAUGGAAAUUGGGAUGAGAAAUCUUUUUCAACUCCAAAGUUGAGUGUGUGGGCAAAACCAAAGCAAAAACAAUUCAUUAGAAAUAAACAUAAAACUGAUCUUUUGUAUUAAUGGUUGAGUAUAAAGGAAAAAAGUGAGUGCUUUCCCUCAGUUCUCCUUAAAUUCAAAGUUUUAUAAAUAGCCCAGAUUGAAAUAAUUUGCUGUAUCUUACGGUGCAACCCUUAACCUUCUACACCCUAACAUCAGUAUGCAUAUUCUCCACACUUUCCUCUAGACAUUUCCUAAGGUGCUGACCUGGAGAAUUUGUUGAACACUAGGAGCCUCUUUAGUUGGAUAUCUUUCCUUUAUUCUCUUGACCCUAGUGUGUGAUUCAGAGGUGAUAUUGUAAGGAGAAAUUAGAUACUAGUCACUCUUAGGGUUUAAAGGGUUCAAAGCUUUCACUUUAAGAUUAAUGUGAUAGAAAGAUAUUCAGUAGCAGAAUAUAACUGGAGACAGUAAAAUGACCCUUCUGCUUCUAUGAGUGCAUGUGCUUUGCAAUGACAAUUUCCUACCAUAGACUUCUUUGAAUGAAAAAAAGAAAGAACAUGAUACCACUUUUUAAAAUUUUUGCAUUAUUUAGUAAAUAUAUCUUUUAAACAUGGACUGCUCUUAAUAAGUUACCUGUGGUCUCUCCUUUUUUCAGACAGAAUUAACUUCUGGGAUUUUGGAGGUCAUUCAGAUUAUGAUGAAAUUAGAGUAGAACUGUAUGGCCAAACACAGGUUUGUCUAUUGUUUCUUAAUGGCUUUUUUCUGACCUCAGUUCAAGAAAAAUCAAUAUAAAUGUAAUUGGUACUGAUUUUUAGGCCUGUAUUCUGGUGUUUGAUGUUACAAACAAGCUGUCGUUUGACUCUCUGGACUAUUGGAUGCAGGAGUUUACCAGUAAUGGGGGCAAACAAGCAAUAGUAGCUGUGGUGGCUAACAAGGUAAAACAUUGAUUCUUAUGUACAUUUAUUAUUUAUUUAUUUGCCAUAAAACAUUUACUACAAUAAACAAGUUAUCCAUCAAUAAUUACAGGAUUAUAACUUAAUACACUUAUAUACAAAUUUUUCAACAACUAAAAAGGAAUUUAGUGACAUAGCAAGGAAGCCAAAUAGAUACAGUGGAUGGAAAGAACACAUAUCAGGGGACAGAAAUUUUGAUACGAAUAGUAUUCUAUAGAUUGUGAAUUUUUCAAGCAAUAUCAUAAAGCUAGAAUAUCUGUGGGUAAGGUGAGAUCUCUGGACAGGGAGCUCCAAACCAUCAGAUCUUGGUGAAGGAUUGUAAACUAGUGCAGUUUCUGUCAUUUUGUGUAUUGUAUUUUAUUACGAACUUAAUGAUGAGUAGAAAAGAGAGUAUUUAAUUUUCUGAAGCUUGCUACAGUUUUAUUAUGCACUCAUUGAGGAAUUACUACUCCUCAAGAGGUGAUUGGAGAAAGACUAUCUUUUGUAUUUUCUCUUUAGUACCUGCUGUUUAAUGGGCUUUGUGUUUAACACUUUCACACCCAAGAUCAUUAGUAAUUCUUCUCAUUCUUCUUCUUCUUCUGAGAAUUUGGCAUUAGAUCAACUAAUAAUCCCCUAAUUGAUAUUUUUCCCUUAUCCUCAGCACUUUCCUACUUGAUAUUGUUAGUAAUGUUAUUCUGUGGAGAAAUUCUGUCUCAGUUAAUUAUGAGAGUUGACCCAUUGACCCCUACAAGUAAUUAGUAUAUAAUUUUUCCUUACAACAUUACCACUGAAGGACACACUGGGUCACAAUACUCAAGGAAAUGAUCACCAACUAAAGAAACUUUCGAUUAUCAAACAAAUUCUCUUCUCAAUCUCCUUUGAAAGUGUAGAGAACAGCAUGGAGAAUAUGCAUAGUGUUGUAAACAUGAGGUCCUUGCAGUGUUCUCAUCAGUUACUGAGAGAUGUUUGUUUUCUAUCACAGACUGAUCUUUCCUCGAAAAGAGUUAUAAGUAGCAAAGAUGGGCAGAGAUGGGCCAAGUCACGUGACUUACGGUUUGUAUACAUCUUAAUUGAUAUUUUAUUUUAAUUUUUUUUCAUGAUUGAUGAAUUACAGAUAUCUCACAUAAGUUACUGAAACAAAAAGUCACAUUUUUUUCACCAUCUCAGUUUAUCAACACCAUAAAAAAAUUAACCACACAAACCUUUAUUUCCUGUUUAAAAAGAAAAAAACAGAGGCUGUUGUUCAAUGCCUUAACAUUUGUCCUCUGUUAAGAAGAUUUCUUUCUCCCUUUAGUAUUACCCCUGAAUCAAACAAAAAGGUCAUGAAAAUAAAGGAAAUGAUGGCAAACUCAAGAGGCUCCUGCUUGUUAGACAAAUUCUCCCUAUUAAUACAAUAAAAAAAUAUUUAAAACAGUAUGGAGAACUUGCAUACUGAUGUCAGGGUGUGCAGUAUUUAAGGCAUUUGGUCAAAGUAUGACAAUCCUAUUUUUCAGGUAUUAUGAAACAUCUGCAGCCACAGGCCAAGGUGUUCAGGAUAUGUUUAGUGGAGUGCUAGCAGCAGUAGCAGAAGGGAAGCUAGUGAAGGCCAAGCCAGUUGUUAGUGCUGAGCAAAGUUCAAGUAAACAUAAAUAA